CUGGUGUCGCUGUUUUCGUACUGUUGUCACACUGCUGGUAUUUUUCUGUCUAGGUUGUGUCUUUAAUAUCGUCGUUUUUUUCUCAUUAUUGUGAGUGAGGCGGUUACCUUUUAUUCAUCUUAGAUGAACUUAACUAUCCCUCAUUUUAUUCCCAGUAGUCAAACUCGCUUUAGCACCUCUUAGAAGUGUUAGACUUAACCCAGAUUAGUCUUGAGCCUUUUUCAAAAUAAGUGCCCUGUAAUAUUGUUUUCAGACAAAAAGAGCACAUAAUGUAAAUGUUUAUUGGUGUCACUUAAAGGAAUAUGUUACCAACAGCACCCUAAUGCAUCUAGAGCCUUAUCCCUAAAAAUGUAGUCCCUCCUCUAUUAUCUCCUUCAAAAAACACACCUUCCUCAACAGCGUCCCACACAGUCUGUUCCCCUCCUUACUUCAGUGGAAAGUGUGUGUGUGUGUGUGUGUGUUGGGGGCUGGCCAGAAGAAUGUGUGUGUGUUUUUUUUUCUUGGAGGAAUGACAGCAGCCAGCAGGCGUCAUGAGUGCAGGAGGCUGGGGUCGGGCUCAGAGAUUAGCUGGUCCUCAUGACCAGGACUUCAGUCCACUCAGCCCUACGGCUAACAUGGACGAAUACAUGCCGCGCACCUAUGGCACCGGCACACUGGACAACAGGCCCCUGUUUGGAGAAACCUCUACCCGGGAUCGAUUCGUCAACCUUGCUGUUGGUGGGUUCACAUCGCUUUUAGUCAUAGUAACCAUCAUCAGUUCAUUUGUCUUUCCUACACCUCAUCCAAAAGGCCUAAACAUCUUCUUUGUAGUCUGCAUUGUCAUGAUCUGUUUCUCAGUGUUGGUUCUGAUAUUUUGGUAUCGUCAAGGAGACUUGGAGCCCAAGUUUCGAAACCUCAUCUAUUACACCAUUGGCUCCAUCAUCCUGUUGUGUUUAUGUGCAAAUCUUUACUUCCAUAAUGUUGGGAGAUGACAAUUACACAUAUGCCUAAAAACCACACUUCCAUAAUGAUUACAUCUGCCCCUUUUUACUGUGAUUUCUGAAACAUGACAGCAUUCCAAAAGUAACUCACCCUGUGGAUGAACAGACAGAAAUGCAGUGAAUAUGUUAGUGUUAGGCAGGAUGCUGAGGUAUAUGCUGAAAGCUUUCUGUUUAUAGGAUUGCACUGAUUGUGUGAUUACAGUUAUUGCUUUAUGUAACUAAAGUUAUAAGUAAUUGUCUACAGUGUACAGUAUAAUAGGCAGAAUGCACAAACCUCAGGUAUUACUUUGACUACAAUGUCUGAUCUUCUGCUUAUCCUAGAUUACUUGAAAUAUAUUAAUGGGAAGAUUGUUAAUAAGCAAAUCAUGGUUUUAGGAAAUUAUGUUGUUUUUUCUUGUCUGUAUAUGUAUAUAUUUUUUGUUCUGUGUUGUAUGCAUUGCUGUGUGUUCAAGAACAAUGAUUGCUACAAUGACAAAGCAAAAUGAUCAGAUAUAAGCCAGACUUGUAUUAAAACAUUGAUACAAUUA